AUGAUUAUUGAAAAAUUAAGAAAUCCAUAUAAUACAUACAUUCAAGUCAAAGAUAAUCCUAAGCUAUUAUUCAAGAUCUCAUUCUACUCUUUUGCUCUACUCCUUUUAUCACAGUUACCACCAUUUGUAUUAUUCUUAUCUAUUUAGGCUUGUGUUUGUUUGAUCAUUAGUUAUUUAACUGGAAAAAAGUUCUUUGAGAUUUACUUUCAUAAACACUUGAAGGAAGGAAUUAUGGAGAUGUUCCCUCAAGGCAUUAGAGAUGCUUUGAUGAAGAGAUCUAUUUUUGAUCUUCUUUGUGACAUCUGGUUUAUGCCCAAAUUCUCAUUGUAUAUUAAAGCAUUCCUAAAGCCCUUUGUAGCCAACAUCGAUCCUGAAAAUGUAAUACCUUCUUGUCACAUUAUUUAUAGGCUGAAUAAGCCCUCGAUGGACUACCAUUAGAAGACAGAUAGAUCAUCACCAAAAAAGGAAUAAUUAAUACACUGCCUAUGUUACUAUAAACCACAGUAGACACCACCUAAUAAUAAAUUAAUGACAGCGAAGUUCCUUUGACUCCUCAUACUCCUUCAAAAAUUAAACAAAAAAAAACUAGAUAUGAUAGAAAAUAAUAUAAUAGAACAAAAUCUAAACGAGUAUUCAAAGAGGAUAAAAUUGUUUCCACCUUUAAGAUGCCUUGGACCAUUGUAAAGACGUAUGAAGAGGACAGAGCUUCUAUUAUGUCUUCAUAAUCAGAUAUUGAUUUUUCAAAUAAAUAGAACUUUUCCAUUGUAGAAGAAAUGAAGCCUCUACCUUCCCUUUAAGAAAAUAUUGGAUUCAAGAAUAUUGAGCUUAUUCUUAAACCAUAAACCAGUUAAGAAUAGAUCAAAUGGGAUAACCUUGAUAAUUUCUACAAUUAAGUCAAAGAUACCGUCCCAGGAAGUCAUAAAAGUAUAUUUUCCAAACAAUAUCAUUAGGACCAUUAGAAAUGAUAUUAAAAAUUACAAAUCUAAUUAACAACAUAGUUCAUUUUGAGAAAAGAAGCAAGCAAAUUUUGGCUAUCAAUAAUAAUGCUUUAAUUAAGGCCUUCAUAAUUUCUGCAGUAAUUAUAUCUCAAUAAUUUAAGGCUGCUUUGGCAUUUUAAUCAUACAUUUCCACUAGGACAAGAAGAUUGAUGAUGCAAACUAUAAUGAUUAUUUGUUAUUUGGGAAGUGCAGGAAUAGCCACAGGAACUCUUGGUCUUUGUCUUAUCAAAGUUGUUAAUUAAAGCAAAAAAAAAAGAAAUUGA